AUGGCGGACAAUCUAAACGAGGAAAGCGUUGCAUAUUUGAGGCAAAUGUUCGAAGUUGCAGACACAGAUCAGGAUGGCUACAUCUCAUCUGAAGAAUUUAUGAAUAUUGCUCGUUUAGUAUGUCAAGGUGCAAAUCAAGCUAUAACAGAUGCUGAAAUUCAAGCCUUGAUUAACGAACCUGGAUCGGAUGAUGGCGAUAAAAUUGAUUUCUCCAAAUUCGCCAAACUCAUUGCACCCAAGAUGUUUACGGAUGACUGCUCGAAGGAGGAUUUGGGAGAGGUCUUUCGCUGCAUUGACAGUGACCAUGAUGGGUUGAUUACAGCUGAGCAGCUAAAAAAAGUAAUUACGGAUAGCGGUGAGAGUUGCACCGAUGAGGAAAUUGCUGACUUAAUGCGUAUGGUCGAUGUAGACGGUGAUGGGCGUAUAAAUUUGACGGAGUUUAUUGCAAUUUGGAAUUUGAGAGUUGAGUGA